AUGCUAAAUUAUGUUAAACCAUUACACUUGGAUUUAGGAAAUCUUGAAUUCAUGGCAAGUCUCUUACACACAGUCUCUCCAAUAACAAAAUCAUCAUCUGAACAUGCAAGAAAACCCCAUGGAUUCCUUUCCCAUAUACCAAAAUUCCAAUCUUUACCCUUCAGUAAUGGUUUUCCUAAAGUUUGGUCCUCAACCCACCUGGCUAGUGCUCCAAUGAACAGUGUUUUCACAUUACCCAACUGGAGGUCUGGUAGGAAUGACCUAAGAACCAGGGAUAUUAAGCUAAAUGAUGCAUUUCUGUAUUUGGAGUACAUGAUAGGGAAGGGCCAUAAGCCUGAUGUAGCCAAUGCCACUCAGUUAUUGUAUGAUCUUUGCAAGUCGAAUAAGCUUAGGAAAGCUACUAGAGUUAUGGAGAUGAUGGUCAGGUCGGGUACUAUUCCAGAUGCGGCUUCCUACACUUUCUUGGUGAAUCAAUUGUGUAAAAGAGGAAAUGUAGGCCAUGCGAUGCAAUUAGUUGAAAAAAUGGAGGAAUGUGGGUACCCAACUAAUACCAUGACUUAUAAUUCUCUUGUUAGAGGGCUAUGUAUGCGUGGGAACUUGACUCAGAACCUGCAAUUUGUAGAGAGAUUGAUGCAAAGGGGGCUGGUCCCAAAUGCAUUUACUUAUUCGAUCUUGCUCGAGGCUGCUUAUAAGGAAAGAGGGGUUGAUGAAGCAAGGAGGUUGCUGGAUGACAUAAUUGGUAAGGGUGGAAAUCCUAAUUUGGUUAGUUACAAUGUUAUAUUGACUGGAUUGUGCAAGGAAGGUAGAAUUAACGAGGCAAUACAACUUUUCAGAGAUUUGCCAUUAAAGGGAUUUAAUCCUAAUGUUGUCAGCUACAAUAUAUUGUUGAGGAACUUGUGCAACGAAGGGCGUUGGGAGGAGGCAAAUGACCUUCUUGCGGAGAUGGUUGGCGAGGAACGCGAGCCUUCUAUAGUCACAUAUAAUAUAUUGAUCGAUUCUCUUGCGCUUCAUGGGCGAACAGAUCAAGCACUUGAGGUAUUGGAUGGGCUAUACAAAGAUGGACAAUUUAAACUCACUGCUGCUAGCUAUAACCCGAUUCUUGCGAGUCUUUGCAAGCAGAGAAAGGUAGAUGAUGUGGUUAAGUGUAUCGACCAAAUGAUUUAUCGACACUGUAGCCCUAAUGAGGGAACAUAUAACGCUGUUGCUGUGCUGUGCGAGGAGGGAAUGGUGCAAAAGGCCUUUUCAAUUAUCCAAAGUUUGAGAAAUAAACAGGAGUCCUCUAUUCAUGAUUUCUACAGAAAUGUCAUCUCAAGUUUAUGUAGGAAAGGCAACACUUAUCCAGCAUUUCAGCUUUUGUAUGAAAUUACAGAAUCUGGAUUUACUCCCGACUCAUACACAUAUUCGUCCUUGAUUAGAGGGUUGUGCAUGGAAAGAAUGUUAGGUGCUGCAUUGGAUGUAUUUAGGGUGAUGGAAGAAAGUGGCUAUCAGCCUGAUGUUGACAAUUUCAAUGCACUUGUGCUUGGUUUAUGCAAAUGCCAUAGAACAGACUUGUCUCUGGAAGUAUUUGAGAUGAUGAUCGAGAAGGGGUAUAUGCCUAAUGAGACAACUUAUACGAUUUUAGUAGAAGGGAUCCUUCAUGAAAAAGAAAAGGAACUGGCAGCAGUAGUUUUAAAGGAGUUGCAUCUAAAACAAGUCAUGAGUCGAAAUACGGUAGAAAGGCUCUCUAUGCAAUACGAUCUAUGA